AAAUAAUUGUCAAGGAUAAACGAAUAUAGUUUUAGUAUAUCAAGUGUUUUGCCAUGUUCCAUUGUUAACUCAUAGUUAGCAGUUUUUUCUUUUAUUUUGGUUAAUAUAUUUAUAGACAGACAAUAGUUAGUUCUUCUAAAGUUUGUACGUAGACUGCAUUUUAAUAAAAAUGAAAUAAAAUCCGUUUGAAUAAUACCUUAGUUAAAAGUGAGAAAAGUAAUAAAAAUAUGAAAAUAAGAUAAUUCUUAAAAUGGUUUAUAUUCAAUAAACAUUGCAUUUUCUCUUAGAUUUAGUUUUCAAGUCCUGAAUUAUCCUAAUUACAUUCCUCUAGUAGCUGCAUCCAUGGGCCUUGAAUUUGGCUUUUUGUGCGACUGCGAAUUUGGCUCACUGCAUAAAAGUUUAUGUUUUAAUAAGUUUGUCAAGCUUUCAGUAACACUUUGAAAUAAUUUUAAAUAAAGUUUUAAUAAAAAUUAUGCAUUUCUGUUAAAGAAAUUAGUAAGAUUGAAAUUCGAUGCAUUGUUAUAACUUUGAAGAAGGAUAAUACGUAAAUGGUGUGAAAGUAUAUUUAGGUAAAGCUUAUCCUGAUUUAAGUGAUGUGUUUAAAUUAAGAUUUAUGAAUGAGGUUAUUGUGAAAAAAUUGAUCGAUUUUCAAAGAAUAAUAAAUAAUGAAUAAAAAAGCAACGAUAAUUCAAGAAUGUGUCGUUCUGAAAUCUCUUUUUUGGUUAGGAUUUGUAACCAGCUGAUAAAUGAUCUACCCGAUAUAGGGUUAUGGUUUCUGAAAAGCACAAAACCUAAACACAUAUCACCAUAGAGAGUUGAGAUUUUCAACAUCGCAGAAUAAAAUCUCAUAUAUUUUUUUAUCUAUUAGAGUUCUCUUAUUACAUAAUUAAAAUUUUACAAAUGCAAUGAGGAAGGCGUCAACUUUCAGUGAUCUAGUUGUAAAAACACUAGACAAUGUGUGCUUAAAUUUAUAAGGUGUAUGUAUAUCAGAAAAAUCCAAUACAAGCAUAAGUAAAUAGUCUGAAAAGUGGACAGUAGAAAAAGAAGAAAUGACUGAAGUUUGUUUAUUUACAAUAUAUAGUUCGGCUAAAAAUAGAAAAGAAAAAGUUCAAAUGUUCAAGAGGUUAUAUUUUAGUUUAUAGUUUUCGCAAUUAUCGUGAUAAACACCAUGAAAGGUCCAAUCAACCACACAAUUCUUACUGUAAUUAAUCUAUAAAUUAUAUCAUUUGGGUGACUUCUUUGAAUAUUUUUUGGCAAAAUAAAUGUACAAUGACAGAGCAAUCUCUUCUCAAUUUUACCGAUGAAUUACUUGAAAGCAAUUGGCUGUAUUGUGCAAUAUGUAAGGAUAUCCUAAAGCCACCAAUAAUGUUGGUAGAAACCAUUGGAAAUGUAUGUACUACCUGUCUUGAAGAAACAGAAGUAACAAAUUUGAAAAGUAUGAAUAACUCGGCAUUAGAAAAUGUAUUGAGCUUAUUAAAAUUGCCUUGUAAAUUUAAAUUGAAAGGUUGCAUGGAAAGAUGUUCAUAUGGAAAAUUAUCUUUUCAUCAGAACAAUUGUAAAUUUCGUACAAAAAUAUGCCCUAUGCAGAAGGUGUCUGGUUGCGAAUGGGAAGGAAGUUCUCUUGAUUUUGCAGAUCACUUCAAACAAUGUCAUGGAGAUCACGUUAUCAAUUUUGAGAAUGAUUUAUUUUUCUUGCAAACCUCAUUAACUGAACGAAAUGUGGUUAAAUUAUUAGUAAUGAAACAACAUACUUAUAUGCUGAGAAUGCAAAAUAACCUUGAAAAAAAUAAAAUAUUUUAUGUAAUAUGCAGCCUAACUGAUGAUUACAAUUCAUUUUGUGAAUAUGCGGUGAAGCACAAAGGAGCUAGUGACAAUUACAUUAAAACCAAAUCUAAAAUACUUUCAUCUUAUUUCAUUUAUGAUGAUAUUGAUGAAAGUAUCGCAGUUGAAAUAGAUAUUAAUGCACUUAAACAGAUAGCUCAAGUUUCUGAUACUAUUACAAAUAUAUUUAAAAUUAAACUUGAAGACUCUCUUACAGAAACAAUGGAUGAAAAGAUAUUACAUUUUUUUGAAUGCCCUGUAUGUAAAAAUUUUAUGAAACCACCUAUUUAUCAAUGUCAUUCAGGUCACAGCCUAUGUAAUUUAUGCCGACCCAGAUUAGAAAAAUGCCCUACUUGUCGAUCUACUUUCGGAAAUACCAGAAAUUAUUCUUUGGAAGGACUAACAGUUGGAGUUAUGUACCCUUGUAUUUACCACGAUUCCGGGUGUGCAGAAAUAGGGUCUGCAAGUGACAUAUUAAAACACGAAAGUGAAUGUUCGUACAAACCUUACAGUUGUCCAUUCCCAAGCUGUAAUUCUUCAGGUAAUCAUGAUAUUAUUGUGAAUCACUUAAUCAAUUUUCAUUUUGAUUCUGUAAUAUAUAAUGGGGCUUCUGGAUUCACGGACUCUUUUCGUUUAGAUCAAAACAAUAUUUAUAAUAAAGUGUUUGAUCGUAAAUGUGUAAUAGCCUACAAUCAUAUAUUUAAACUGACUUGCAAAAGGGUAGCAGAGCAUUGUUUGAUGGCAGCAGAAGUUGUUGGGAGUCAAAAUACUUCAAAAACAUUUGUUUAUGAGGUGUCUGUAAUAGAUAUGAGAAGACCCGAAAAGAAAUUGAUAAGGACUGAUUAUUGCUUGAAUGAAAUGCCUGAAGAGGAAUUGUUCAAGAAAUGCAUCAUGUUUCCUAACAGUGUUCUAUCUUCUUAUUCUCAUCAUGGAAUGGUUACUUUUAAUUUUACCAUUAGGGAAAAAUAAGUAAGUUAAUUUUUUGAAAUAUCAUAUAUACAUAUAUUUUCUCUCCAUUUUAAUGCUUUGUCGAUUGUUGGUACGAGGGUUGCUAUUUAAGUUUUGAGAUAUGGCAACAAUGAUGCGAAUAUGUCAAAUCUGACAUUGCCAUCAUGAAGUUUGACAUUUCAGAACGUGUUGUCAUACGAGUGUUAUUUGAUUUUCGUACGAUAAUUUUCUAUGACUUUCGACGUGUAUUAAACCAACAGCAGUGUCCUGAUAAACUCGCUUCGAUUUUUGGCGAGGAAGCACCAUCUUGAGCUACUGUGUUUCGCUGUUUUCCCUUUCAAUCGUGGACGCAUUUCGCUACAGAAAGAAUUUCGAGAAGGUCGUGCCAGAAAACAUCAAUGCUGUGAUCUACCUGAACCCGGGUUAUAGCUUCGGAAAAGUAUAAAGGCCGCUUGACAUGGUGCAAGAUAACGUGCAACGUAUUGCAUGCAAUACCUUGAAACAUCAAAAUAUUGCAUGUCGUUUAACAUUAUGCAAGUCUCUUACCACUGCAUCAUGAUUGCCACUAAUCAAAAUACCAAAAGUUAAAAAAAAUCAAUUUCCUAACCUCAAAAUGUAUUUAAUAUUUUGUGGGCAGUUUCAAAUAUAAAAUAACAGAGCUAAUUAGAGUAAACAAGAUAAAAGUGGCCAGUGCAUCACUGACAAUAAUUAUAUCUGCCUCUGCCUUGUUUUUGGAGUUUGAUGGACAGAUUAGGUAGAAAAUAGGUUGAGUAUUGAUCAAGAAACAAAUGGAUAUAAAAUGUAAUAUUAGUACAUUAGAAACUCAUUGAUCAAGAAUUAUUGCGUCUUGCAUUGCAUUGCACGUUGUAAGGCAAGCGGCCUUAAAUGUAAACUAACAUUAUAACGCACAUUACUUCCAAAAAUCAAUAUUAAUUUUUAUGAAAUCCUAGUCUGCACUUGAGAAUAAAGUUUUAUUUUAUUUACAGAUAUGCAACACCAAAUCUAAAUACAAAUAACAAUACGAAACAUUUUGAAAUUCAGAAGAAUUUAUAAACCUACUCUCCAUUGUUAUCUUUGCAAACAAGAAAAUUCAACACUGAAGGACGCAAUUCUAAAACCAGCAAAUUAUACAACACUAUAAAAAUGUUUCGUUUGCACAAGUUUUUUAUUUAAGUAUGAAAUAAAUUCAAACCAAGUAUAUUUAUGUGUCUAAGAUGCAGAAAGUGUAUACGGGUUUUGACAAGUUAUUUUUGUCUAGCUAUCCAAUAAUUAAAAUCGUUAAUUUACAUUUCUACAGUAGAACUUCAACUAUUAAGCAAUAAUAUAUUCAAUAAAUAAGGUAUUAAAA